AUGACUAAUAUUGUAAUUAUAAUUAGAAGGCCUGAUUAUGGAGGUGAGGACAAGAGGAGACCUCGAGUAAUACUUGCUGGUGAAAGGAGCGAUAACUAUAAGUCUUGCAAGUCUAGUGAGACAACUGAUGUAAGGUCGGAUGCAAAUGAUAACUUGCGCCCCAAGUUACUGAUUUCUAAACAAGCGAUUGUGAAUUUGGGUGAGGAAUAUCUCCCAAAAGCUUCUGAUCUGGGUUGGACUGGGUAUGUCUGUGCUAGACUGAACUGUCAACAACUUCAACUGUUUAGCUUCAGUUGUAAAUCGAUACCAAAGUUCAAUUUUGGCAGAGCUUUAAUCUACUUCAAGCCUUAUGAGGCUUUUGAACGAGCAGAACUGCGACCUCUUCAGUCUGAAGGGGCAAAAGUGGCUGGAUUUGAGGACUUACUGAGCUGGAACUGCACUGUGGUACCUGUUCCGCUUGAUUAG